AUGAAACCAUUUGUGUGUCUUGCUCUCUUGUGUCUACCAGCUUGUAUAGCCUCAGGUGUCAAACACUUGGUUGUCUUUGGUGAUUCAUACUCUGACACAGGGAAUCGGCAACGGCUUACAAACGGUCCUCUUUGGAAUGAAGAUCUUGCUGUGGGAUGGGAUGCCUCUCUUAAUAACUUUGCAUUUAGUGGUGCAUUGUGCGACAAUAAGCUCUACUCUAAUGUGUCAUCAGACACUCCUCCAAGCAUCAGAGAUCAAAUCGAGAUGUACUACCGAGAGCAGAUGAAUCACGAUCCUCUUGAGACUGUAUAUGCUUUCUGGGUCGGUGUUAGUGAUAUCCAGAAGACAAUACAAGAUCACGAUCCAAAAGAUCAAAAUCCUCCAGAUUUCACAAAGGUUGUAGAUUGUAUCAGCCAGCAAAUGCGAAAUAUCCGCAAGGUGUUUGGAGCCAAUCGAAUGAUUGUCCUGAGUGUACCGCCGUUGGAUCUUUUGCCAUAUUUUCAAGAUCCAGAUUUAAAGAAACAGUGGGGAGAUGCGUCUAAGAGCUUUAACAAGCUUCUUGAAAAGGAUAGCAUUCUAUUAAAUCAACACCACAGUGCUUUGGAACUAGAUAUUAUCCAUGUACACACAUUGUUAAGGGAUAUUGUCCAGAACCCGGCUAGUUUCGGGUUUGUGAAUGCCAAGGAUUCUUACUGGGAUGCAUGCCAAGGGCAAUGCAAGGAUAAGAUGGAUUCUUAUGUAUGGUGGGAUAAGACUCAGUUGACAGGAGGUGCUCAUCGUGCAAUUGCCAACAGUAUUCUUUUGUCUGGAUCCCUCGAGCCAUCUUCUUUCCUUGACGAGAAUGUUGAUGUCGAGGCACUUCUUGCCAAAAAGGAUUCGAUAUACCGAUCUCCUAUAUAUAAGCCAAAGGCAAAUACUGGACUUAUUGAAAAGGUUAUGAAAGACAUUAUGAAGGAACAGGGGGACUCUACAGCAAAUAAGCCUGUGACAGACAACAAGAAUGAAGGCGAAGAUGGCGAUGAGGAUGAGGAUCAGUAUGAUGAUGGUUAUUCAAUUAAUCAUAUUUAUCUUUUCGUGAUCAUUAUUGCUUUUGUCUGCAUUGGCUUCGUAUACUUUGCAAAGACGAAACGUACUGGUAAUUUAAGCGCCCUGUCUGGUAUUAUUGGCAACAGAAAUCAAGGCCGUGGUCGAUUUAUACCUCUUCGUAAUAUUGAAACGGAAGCCUAA